AUGACAUCGCUGUUAGAUUUGGGUUUCGUUAUUCCGACGACAUAUGGAGUUAUCAUGAUCUUUGGAUCCUUAUUCAUUGCCAUCGUGAUUUGUCGAAAUUGGAAAUGCUUCCAGUCUUCUUUUUUCAAAAUUUACCUUUAUUCAACUUUUCUGAACUUAUAUUCCUUUAUAAACCAAUUUAUCGCAUUCCGACUUCCACAAUCAACGUGUGCCAAAUGUCUUUUGGCACCUUUCUUCGAAAAUAGAUCCUUUUGGGGUUUUCAGUGGGUAACAUUUAUGUACGUCCAUUCAACUAUGCUGCAAUACAAUAUCAUCUUAAUUACUUCAAUCAAUCGACUUACUAUGGUCUUAUAUCCAUUCAGUUAUGAAAAUAUAUGGAAAAAAAUGUUCUGGCCUCUAGCAUUAGUAUUACCAUUCGUUCCUGUCUUCAGUGACUAUACUAUCUUAACAGGAGAAUCCUACUACAUGUUCGUUUCUCACUUAGAUACGUUCCAAAUGAGAUCAACAGCUUAUGCAGAUGAGAUGUUCUAUAUGUUGGUUGGUUACGAUGUUGCAGUAACUGUAAUAAGCCUUAUAAUAAACAUUGUCACCUUAUUUUUCCUCUCCAAACAUAACGCUACCGAAAUCAAAAAAUCAGAACUUAAUCUCUGCCUUAUGACAGCAGCCUGCGUUGUGAUACAAAUUCUAGAUUGCACCAGAUAUGUAUUACAAAUUAUGUUCGGAGAUCACGAAUCUCGAGAAUCUGCUGGAAGUGUUCUCGUAAUGAAAUUAGAACCUUACAUGUUGGAUGCUAUGACUCUUCUUUCUCCUCUCUUCCUCUACUUGUUCUCGAGCAAAGUGCGAAAAGCAGUGAAUACCAGUUUCUGUUGCAAAUCUACCGUUCUUCCAUUGAUAUCUGAGGAUUUCCCUUCCAUAAGAUUUGCCAGUCAGAAGUUUCGUUGA